AUGUUAUUUUAUUUUAUUGACAUAAAGACGAAGCAGGUCCAGUUCCCCGCCGUCACCGUCUGCAACAUGAACCCGUGGAGAAAGUCCAUGGUGUGCAGCGAAAGCAGCUUCGUCAGCAAGUCGGCCAAGAGGCUCAUCAGCCACCUCUGUAACGGUGUCCCCAGAAACGUCACGCUGACCAAAGAAGACCUGGUAAUGACUGAAAAGCUGAAGACCUGGAUCUCUGCCGAACAGCGCCGCAAUAUAAGUCGGGCCGACCGGCUGGGUCACCAGAUGAAAGACAUGAUCAUCGAGUGCCGGAUUAAGGACGGCGACUGCCUCAGUACAAACUUGCUGGAACUUCGACGAGUGCCGCGUUACGGAAACUGCUACUGCUUGGGCUGCAACAGCAGUCGUUUCAGAUGGCAGGCAAUGAAAAUAUCAGAUCCUGAGCAAGGUCUUCUAAUGUCGCUGAACAUGGAGCCCGACGAGUUCCUUCCGCUGACCGUGGAGGCUGGUUUCUACGUGAUGAUUAACCAGGCUGGCACGGAGGAAGAGGUUUUCGACAAUGCUGUGUUCGUCCCGCCGGGAGCCACCACCUACAUCGGCGUGGUCAAGACGACCUCUAAAAACCUUGAGCCACCUUACAAGAGCCCCUGCCAGCACGACUGGCCCGAGAAGCUCAAGAAGUACGUCGCCCCGGGAGUCGUGUACACCAAACGAGCCUGCGACGAGUACUGCUACCAAGUACACAUCUUUGAGACGUGCGGAUGCCGCUCAUUCAAGCACAUCAGGGUCCUGGUGCCAAACGUCAUGAAAGUACCGGUCUGUUCCGACGUCCUCAAAGCUGACUGUGAAAGGACGGUUGAAGCUCAGAUCAACCGGAAACUUGUCACGUGCAAAUGUCUUGCACCGUGCGUGAUUCAUUACUAUCACACCACUCCGAACAGUCUUGCUUGGACAAGUUAUCUGGUGAAGCCGGAAUAUAGGCUACAGGAAGGAUCGACCGAUCGCAGAAGAAUUCAUGCCAGGAUUAUUAUUUUUAUGAGAAGAACCACGGUCCUGCACAGACUCAAGAAGCCCAAAAGUACGGUCACCAGUCUGUUCCGAAGCAUCGGUGGCCUGAUGGGCUUCUACCUCGGCUACUCGUCAUUCCACAUCUUCCAGGUGCUCGAAGUACUUUUUGACGGCGCCUGGUCCAGCAUCUCCAGGAUCCUGGCGCGAAGGCGCCGAGCCCGCGAAGCACGACAAGAAUCUAUUAUCACACUCUUGCCGAUUAAAACGCAUUGA